AUGAGCCGGUCCGUGCGUCAAGAGAGCCCAAUCAGAUAUCCCGACAAGAGGCAAGAACCGCGAGUUGGACCACCUGCUUCCGAGUCCGGGGACAGUGGUGCAGGGUCAUCGCCGCAUAAAACAACCCGCAACAAACAGCAUCUGGAGGGGGUCUUGAAAAAAUACACCAAUUUAUUGCAGGGUUGGCAGUACAGGUAUUUUGUUCUUGACCCCAAGGUUGGCCGACUUGACUACUAUCGAAAUGAACACAGCAAAAGCCAGCAUCCUCCCAGAGGGUCCCUGUCUCUACUCGGAGCAUUGGUUGUCUCCUGUAGUGACUUUCCUUACAUGUUUUCUAUUCAGUCUUCAACUCAGCAAUCCUAUAAACUAAGAGCAUCAAAUGCAGAGGAACAGGAGUUAUGGAUGACACAACUACAGCUAUGUACUCGGUGCCACUCUGACUAUGGGGCUAAGAGAACAAGUGAGGCACAAGUGGAACAAAAGACCCUGGUCAACUCUGUUGAAUCUCUGCCCCCAAGAGCUGGACCUCUCUCCUCUUUGAAUGAGGACUUCCUCUUCUUGAAAGCGACUUCUGCAGCCACUUUGAGCUGUUUGGGAGAGUGCUUCACUUUGCUACAUAAUAAUGUUCGGGCCCACAACCAGAACCAGAACCAUUCAAUGAGUUUGAGCGAGACAGCUUCUGCAGAGAAAGUCAAGUCCUGGAAGCAGCGCUGCAGCGUGAACCAGGUGGAACCCUGUAGCCUCAAGUCAAGUAGUCAAAGCUUCAUUGGUGAGAUCCAAAGUCCUGCAGAUAGUUCAAUUGGAUGGGCCGGAUCCCCUCAGAAGCAGACGACUAAUGAUGUAUCAAAACCACUCAUGUUCAAUAACCAGUCCUGUCAUAUUGAGCAGGGACAAAAGAAGACAAGCAGCCCAGACAGCCUAGAUCCAAGUGAGGAGACAACAGACACGGAAGACAAUGAUGAGGAAGAGCUGGGAGUUCUUGAUGAGCAACGAAGCAUCAUCCUUCACCUGCUGUCACAGCUCAAACUUGGGAUGGACCUGACAAAGGUAGUGCUCCCUACAUUCAUCCUAGAGAAGCGCUCUCUACUAGAGAUGUAUGCCAACUUCAUGGCUCACCCUGACAUCUUCCUUUCCAUCACCACCGGAUCUACAUCAGAGGAACGUAUCAUCCGCUUUGUCGAGUACUAUCUUACUGCCUUCCAUGAGGGCCGAAAGGGCGCAGUGGCCAAAAAGCCCUAUAACCCCAUCCUGGGUGAGACCUUCCACUGUUCUUGGCGCGUGCCUCGGGAUCGCGUUCGAUCCCUCAGAUCCACUAGCUGCGCGAGUCCCAAAUCCGCAGCCAGCUUCACGUCUACGAAUUCAAACUCUUCACAGAGGGGGGCAGAUAGUUGCAGUGGGUUAAAAUCGGACUGUUACCAGGUUCGGUUUGUGGCAGAACAAGUUUCUCAUCACCCGCCUGUAUCAGGCUUUUACUACGAAUGCAAGGAGAAGAGGAUGUGUGUUAAUACUCAUGUCUGGACCAAGAGCAAGUUCAUGGGCAUGUCUGUUGGAGUUUCAAUGGUUGGAGAAGGUGUACUGCAUUUGUCAGAGCAUGAUGAAGAUUAUGUGUUCACGUUGCCUUGCGCCUACGCCCGCUCCAUUCUGGCCGUUCCGUGGGUAGAGCUCGGGGGAAAGGUCACCAUCAAUUGUGCCAAAACUGGGUACUCGGCUACUGUAACGUUUCACACCAAACCUUUCUACGGAGGAAAAGUACACAGAGUAACAGCUGAAGUGAAGCACAACCAGACAGGAAACAUAGUGUGUAAAGUCCAAGGCGAGUGGAAUGGGGUGCUGGAGUUUACUUACAGUAAUGGAGAAAGUAAGGUGAUUGAUACCUCUAAGCUGCCUGUCUUCAAAAAGAAGAUCAGACCAAUAGAAAAGCAGGAACAGAAUGAAUCACGGCAUCUUUGGCAACAUGUAACAGCAUCUCUGAGGGCGGGAAAAAUGGAUGACGCCGCAGAACACAAACACCGCCUUGAGGAGAAGCAACGGAGCGACGGCAAACAGAGAGCUGCCACCAAAACACCUUGGGAACCCAAAUAUUUUAUCAAAGAGGGUGAUGGUUGGGUGUACCACAAGCCACUGUGGAAAGUUCAUUGA